AUGCUGCGUCUCUUCGUGCGACAUCUGUCCACACGGACGUCAAGAACGAAACAGGUUGUUAGGGAUGUUAUAGGGAAUCUAAAAAGAGACUGGGAAGCAGGCAAACCCCUUCAGUACCCGCCUUUGAAGGCGAUGCCGUCUGAUUUCCUGAAAAAAGAUUCCUUAUUUUCAACUAUUUUGUCACAAACGAGGUUCGAGCUUCUUCGAAAGUCGGAGCCAGUGACAAACGAGCGCUUGCUAUUUUCUAGACAAUACACAUAUGAAAAUGCCAACAAACUUGUCAACCACCUCGUUGAAAAUGAAGACAAGCUAGAGAAAUAUCCCAUCACGGUCAUUCAAGGCAAAGACGGUCGUUCAACGCUGCACUGCACAAUCCAGAGGAUUGUUGAACAAAUGGCGUAUCACAGACUGAAGCCGCUUUAUGCUCAGCAGGUUUACGAGGACUCGUCAAACUCCCAGAAUUACAACAAGAAUAUGACUUUGAACUCGCUAAAUCUGGACAAUCCCUACGCAUGGUACCCGGAAGCACGUAAACUCAAAAGGAAGAUCAUCAUGCAUGUUGGGCCUACCAACAGUGGAAAGACAUACAACGCUCUCAAACGGCUUGAGACUAGCUCCAAAGGGUAUUAUGCUGGGCCCUUACGGCUGCUGGCCAGAGAGGUUUUUGAAAAGUUCCAAAGUAAGGGCAUAAGAUGCAAUCUGAUGACUGGAGAGGAAGUUCUUCUUGACGCUGACAAGUACGGGAACAAAGCAGGCCUAACUUCUGGCACCAUUGAGAUGAUUCCUAUGAGUGAACCGUUCGACGUGGUCGUUGUGGACGAGAUCCAGAUGAUUGGUGACCCAUUCAGGGGAUCUGCGUGGACAAACGUGAUUUUGGGAGCACAGGCCAAGGAAAUACAUCUUUGUGGAGAGGUUUCUGCUGUGCCGCUGGUGGAACAGCUCGUCGCCAUGACUGGAGAUGAUAUUGAGAUCAACAAUUACAACCGUCUUGGGAAGCUUGUGGUGGACAGUGAACCUAUUUCGCUAGAGGAGGUCCAGCGUGGAGAUUGUAUAGUUGCAUUCAGCAAAAAGCAGAUCUUGACGAUCAAGGCUCAGAUCGAACGUGACACCAAUCUCAAAUGUGCUGUUAUAUACGGAGCUCUUCCCCCAGAGACGCGAUCCCAAGAGGCCAGGAUGUUUAACGAUGGAGAGUACGACGUUGUGGUUGCCUCGGAUGCCAUUGGAAUGGGGCUGAACCUGAAAAUCAACCGUGUGGUGUUCACCACACUUGAAAAAUACGAUGGACGGAGAAUGACAGCACUGUCCAACUCCAGUAUCAAACAGAUUGGUGGCCGUGCAGGCAGGUUUGGAAUAGGAGAAGGUGUGGGCCAUAUCACUGCUCUAACAAAAUCCGACCUCAACAAGAUACGAGUGGUGAUGCAGGCACCUAUAGAGUAUCUCGACAAAGCCGUUCUUUGGCCGUCAGACCCGCAGUGGAUGCAUUAUUACUCCAUGUUCCCCAAGAAUACGAAACUGAUAACCAUGUUUCGUAAGUUUGAGGCCGAUUUGGACAAGGGCAUGCGCAUUAAUCCUAAAGAAUCGAUCUUUCGCAUACAACAUAUGGAUGACCAGAUGUCCAUGGCCAAAUUCAUCAAUGAACGGCAUUUGGAAGACGAUUUUGCCAUCUCUGAUCAGCUGCGUUUCAUCUCUUGUCCUUCAGUUUUGAAAUUAAAAGAUUCACCAAUGCAUGCUAUCCUUACCGACGUCUUCCAAAACUACAUGAUCACAGUUGCUCAGAGACUGAAGCGCUCUGUCUUUGACUACAAGUCAAUGCCGUUGUACUUGACCACAACGAGCCAUUUAUCUUUGGAUCCGGCAAAGCCUAAGCUCCACAAGAAUUUCACAAAGUCGUUUGGGGUGGAAGCUGUGCCCGAGGGCAUGAAGAGAAAAUUUGAAAACGCGGCCCGACGCACUAAAGAGAAUCCUUUUAUUGGCAAGAGGACCUACAUUGGUGAUUUCAACCCUAUAGAGGAUAGACUGAUGAGACUGGAGCAGUUUCACAGGCUCCUGACCGCUUAUUUGUGGCUUACGUAUCGAUUCCCACAAAAUUUUGUUCACCUCGAGCUGGCUACAAAGCUGAAAUGUUGAUGAAUGUCAGUUAUGCGAAACAGAUGCAGGAAAGGUGGCGUGCGCGUUAAUUGUACAUAGAAGUCACAAAAGCCAUUCGCUCUGCUCUUUAUCAGCACUUUUAACCAGCGGCUCUUCGAUACUGUUGAUUUUGAUGUCACUGCAAAGACAGCAUUUCGCAGACAAUAACUGGUCUAUCUCCUGCUUGAGCUCCUCCAUCAUCGGUUUGUUACCCUUUGCUGCUAAAAGCUUUUUUUGCAGCUUGUAAAUAGCGUUUUUAGAUUUAUAAUCAGUGGACUCCAAUAUUUCUCUCACCAGGCAAUCUUGGUGGAACGAGUGUAGACAUGGGAACACAAUGAAUUUCCGAAUGACAAGGAUCUUGCCACAAAGACCACACGACUCGUUUGGCUCAAUGAUCUGGAAUCUAUCUUGCUGGAAUUCUUCCAUCUUGCGACUGAUUUUUUCUGAUUGCUGUAGCGAUGCUGUCAUUUCCAUCGAUAGAUUCUCCAUAUCAUUUGAAAGCGACUCCAGAGAGCGCACUAUCUCGUCUUUGAAGUCGUCAAUGACCACGAAGUCAGGGAAUAAAGGAAGCAGGUCCUUCAUCGUCAAUAGAUCGCAUUUCUUCAUCAGGUAGCUCAGCAAACUGCGGAUCGUAGUACCCCCCUCAAGUUCCAAAGCCACAGGCUGAUUGUUAACCGUUCUUUGAAUGAGAAUGGUGGAUAUCUGAAGCCACAAGUUUUUGCGUUGUAACGAUGGACUGGGUUUGUCGGCGACGAGGAUAGCAGACUCGAUCAGGCCAUGUUUCAAGGCCAGUGAAACUGCGCUUUCGUAAUCUUCCAGCAUGGAGUAGAUGAAAAUGGCGCUCAUAAUUUUGUUGUACUCAAAACACAGUCGAAGUACAAAGUCCGCAUCGAACAGCACUUCGUAACUUUUUUCACGGUUGAAUAGAGUCUUUGAUCUGCUUUCGAGAUAAUUCAAUACCAACUUCUCAUCAUCCGACGGAUAGGUCACUAACAGCGAGAGAAGUGUAUUGUGCACAAGUUUGUCUUUGAUCUGUUUCUCUUUAACAAGAAAAUUCAAAAAGCGGAGCGCAUGAUUGUGUUUAGGAGCAAUCCCGUGUCCUAGGGCUAUGGACUUGUUGUAUGUCAAUAAGGCAGGAAGCAACUUCCUGAAAUCCAAAUCAUCUACCAGACGCAGCCAUAAGUCCACAGUUUUAGCAGGAUAGUUGAUGAGUAAUGCUGUUGCACAUUUGUAGAUAAGUUCUGGUUUUUGUUCCUUAGACAAGAUUUGCAGUGCUUUGUCCCACUGCUGUAAGUUCAGGUAAUAUUUCAGCAAAAAUGAGUAAUCUUCUUUCAUUAAUGAAAAUUGCACUAGCUCUUCUUUCCGGUUAUGGGAAAGUAAUAUCUGAUAAACGGUUUCCUUGUCGACCGAGUCAGAGUACUGUUUCAAAAACCCUUCAAGGUCCGGAGACUCGCCAGAGUUGAUUUUCUUCACAUAAAGUUCUACCAUCCAGCUGGUCAGCAUUACACGCUGCAUGUACAUUGAUUUGGGUAGUUUGUUGAGCUUAGCUUCCAAGUACACUAAUAGGCUUGGGCUUUUCAUGAAUUUUAGCACCACUUGCUCAAAGGACUCCGAGGUGUUCGCCAAUACCCUCGCUGCUUCGUCUGUAUCUCCAUUCUCAAGCAAAUCGUAGCCCUUAUUUAUGAGCACAAUAUUGCGUUUGAGCUGGUCACUUCCGACCAAUUGUAACGCAUCAUCGUACAUUUUUUUCUCCAUCAUCACCUUCCAAACAUCCGAAUGUUCUUCGUCUGCCACCAAUUCGUGAAUAGUUGAAGAGGAAUACACCCAGUAAGUUUGCAUACGAUAGUCAGCCGUCGUAUCUAAGACAUCGAAAAUCAAGUGUUCUUGCGACACCUGCUUUCCAUUUAGCUGGUUGAAAAUAACCAUCUCAUUUCGAGAAGAUGCAAUCACAUGGUACUUGGUGAGAAGCAGACUUUUGUAAUCGGCUGUCAAAAUUUCGUAUCGUUGAAGUUCGUUGCGAGUUUGAAAGACCAAAUCACCAAUCACCAAACGUGAGCUGCCAUCGUCUGUUUGUUCAAUGAAUGCAAAUGUCGACUCAUUAGCAGUGAACACGGAGAUAACACCAAAAGACAACAGCAAAGGAUUGUUCUUGAGCAACGAGUCUCCGAGUGAACCUUGAAAUCGCGCAAGUUUUCGCUCGCCCAGAUGAACAACAAGUGAUACUAUGCCCUUCUCGUCUUGUGUAGCGUACAUGGCCGUUAAUGUAUCUUUUCCUCUCCAUAGCUGCUUAAAGCUUCUCUCUUUGUUCUGAUCUAUUCUGUACUCAUUAAUGAUACCAGUAGUGGUUCCCACAAGGAUUGGACCAGUACUUUUCUUUGUGACAUGUGAAGCAAAAAACACAAAUGAACAAACAAUGUUUCCCUUGAGUUUCGAUAAUGACUUAAAUUGAACAGAUUGGAUAUUCAGGUAGAAAUAUUCAUUCUUAGUCGUUUGGACCACCAAAUGGUAACCGUAGGGGUCCAAGUAAGCGUUCGCAACGGUUACGUUGUUCGAAUCCACCUGUAUCUUAUCGACCUUCUCCGGGUUGUCUAGAUAUAUCCGGUACACUAAACCAUUGAUGAGCACUAGAUAAAGUACAUUGCCUUUCACAAGAAGCUUUUGUAUGGGCGCUGGGAUCU